GAGAGAGAGCAGAGAGCAGAGAGAGAGAGAGAGAGAGACAUAGCGAGUGGUAUAAAGAAAUAGAGGAGUAAAAGAGGGAAAGAAUAAAGAGUGAGUGAGAGACUCGUCGUUCGCGGGUGACGAGCCAAGAAUAGCCAAGAGCCACCGCGAAUCUUGCGUACAUAAAUUCGAUCAACGCGAAAGAGACGAGGAUAAAGCUCUUGUCGACGUGACUCCAGAGACGUUUUUAACAAGUUACAAAUUCUCGUGGCUCUGACAGAGCAGAGGGAAAAGAAUACUGAAGAGUGAGUGAGACGGAGGGUGUGUGUUGUGUGUGUAUGUAUGUGGAUGAAAGAAAAAAGAGAGAUAAAAAAAGAAAGAAAGAAGAUAAUACAGGGCCGGUGUGUGGGCAAAGAAGCUCGAAUCGCGUUUUCGUGUAUAGGUGUAUAUAUCUCUGUCUCUGUCGGACUGAGCGCGCGCGCGUGCGAUCGCGCCCGCGUAUAUGGGGUCAGCUCGGAAGAUAGACGUUGGAUAGGCUGCGCCGUGUUGGGUAUAACAUCGAAGAGAGUUGAGCCGAGUACUUCGAGCUCUCUCUCUCUCUCUCUUUCUCUUCAUUAUCCCGCGCCCGCACGCUCCGAGUUUGUGUAUGUACGCGUAUUUCUCUCUUUCGUCUGUUGCGUAUGUGUGUGUGUGUGUGUGUGCCCGUAUGUGUGCGUGCUUGCGUUUUUACUCGCGGUUCGGGAACAAUAAUUGAGAGUGGCUCUCUUGCGUUCUCUCCGCAAGAGAGAUCAAAGCCGGAGAGAAUUUUUUAAAAGUUUGUGAAAACGGGCAAGGGGGCAGGGAUUUAAACGGAACCCCCGCCCGGGAGUGGUUACGUGUGCGCGAAAAGUGAAGUUCGCGGAAGGUGGAUCCUCGAGGAAAAGGGAAAGAGAGAGGCUAGAAAAAAAAGAAGGAAAAGGAGUGAGACAGAAGCUCCGACCGUGUUUCUCCUCUUGAAUUUCACUUCUCUUCCUCCAAGAGCCCUAAUUAAGCUUCUGUGAUAAUCACCAAACAAACGUUUUAUUUUUCACCUCUCGUAGUACGGUUUUUCUCUCGAGAUCCCUUCAACACACGCAUUUUCAUGUUUAGUGCGCGAGAAUAAUUACUAUUGAAACUCCCCGGAGAAGAGAACGUUUUUCUCUCUUCCUCGGACGAAGUUUCCUCAAUUUUUGUUUGUCAAGUUUUUGCGCCUUUUUUUUUCUUCGUCACUUUGGAAGCAAUAUUAAAUGUCUAUCGAGACACGGUCCAGUUCGGCCCUCUUCAAGAGGGCCGAACAGCUCAAACGUUGGGAGCAAUCUGAAACAAACAGGGAACCGGCCCAACCCCGGCAAAUGGCACGUAAGAUCAAGUUCUCGGCCGAUUGCGUUUUUCUCGCGGCGUGCGCCGCUGGCGACAAGGAUGAGGUCGUUCGCCUUCUGCAGAAAGGGGCGGAUAUCAACACCGGGAACGUCGACGGUUUGACCGCUCUUCAUCAGGCAUGCAUCGACGACGAUUUGGACAUGGUGGAGUUUCUCGUGGAGCAAGGUGCAGAUAUAAAUCGUGGCGACAACGAAGGCUGGACACCUUUGCACGCAACUGCAUCUUGCGGAUUUAUAUCAAUCGCAAAGUACCUCAUCGAACAAGGAUGUAAUCUCGCUGCUGUAAACAACGAUGGUGAAUUAGCUCUGGAUAUUGCAGAGAGCGACGAAAUGGAAGAUAUGCUUCAACAACACAUAACAGCAGCUGGUAUCGAUUGUGAUCAAGCGAGAAGCGAAGAGGAACGAUCGAUGCUGAACGACGCAAAAUCUUGGCGUACCGGCUCGCCUGGCAAGGACGCUACACAUCCACGUUCGGGAGCGACCGCUCUUCACGUCGCCGCUGCUAAGGGUUACAUCAAAGUUAUGAACAUCUUGCUGCAAACCCAAUGUGACGUCAAUGCCCAAGAUUAUGAUGGUUGGACGCCACUUCACGGUGCGGCACAUUGGGGACAACUCGAAGCUUGUAAAUUGCUCGUCGAAAAUUCUUGUGAUAUGGACAUAAAAAAUUUCGCAGGUCAAACGGCUUUCGAUGUUGCCGAUACCGAUAUCCUUAAAUCUCUCGAGGAAUUGAAGAAGAAACAACAAAUCGCGCUCAAGGAACAUCCCCAAAUUAUUAAGAAACAACCGACGAUACCAAAGAAACGUGUGUCGACAAAUAAUGAUAAUACGAUUGUCAAACAAGAGGGUGAAGAGACGUUCGAGGAAGAGACACCGAACAAGGUGAAAAAAGUCGAGCUAGAAAUUCAGUCGGACAAAGAUGAUUCGAGCACAGGGACCAACAGUGACGUCGAGGGUAACCAGGGUGAUACAGAAACGGAAGUUAGCGAGGAGGAUUGUGAUUCUGAGAGUAGCUCAGAUUCGCGAGAAUCCUCAGGUUCCGAGUGUUCCAAUCGCUCGCAUCAGUCUAAUCAAUCGUUUGGUCUGACUGAUGACGAAAAGAAGAACCGUGCGAACAGGGACGAGAAUCUAUCGUCUCACAGUCCAACUCCUAUCGAUACGAACAACAAAGUUCCUAAUCAGGCUCCGAUAUUGCCACCUAAACAGACUGAGAACACUGAGGAUGAGACGAUUCCGUCGUGGCGACGUUCCGGCUCUUUCAGAAGUCGAAUCCAAGAUCCUGAUGCUGCGAAUUCUGUGUCACCAGAAAAUGAGGAAAAGGAAAAAGUGGCAGUAAAAUCACCGGUUAUACCAAACAAAAUGAAUGCAGAGCCGGAAGUCGUUCUCAGAAGAACGCACAGUUUCGAGACAGAUGAGAAGUUCUAUGAGCAGUACUUGGCAUUGCGAGCUCGAAUCAAGGCAUCCUCCUGCCCUACACUCCACCGCUGCCAUCCAGCUACUCCCACUCACACCAACGCUACGACCACUCGUUCAGCGUCCUUACGCGAAACUCACAGGAGAAAAGAAGUUAAAUUGAACCUCGAACUGACAAGAGUUCCACAAGGAAGCAAUCCAACGUCGCCGACCUCACCGACUAACAAACUUUCGGCUGCACUGCCAACAACAACGACGUCCACUGCCACAACAACAACAACCACGAGUCCCGUUCCGGCAAAUCAAAUUCGCAGCGUUCAGCCGGUGGAUGUGACAGCGGCGAUCACAUCGCCGACAAACAAUUCAACGCCGAGUACAGCGACGCCUACAACACCGGGCGGUAGCAAGCUCAGUCCUGGGAAUAUCUUCAAGAAUUUCUUCAAAUCUUUCGUGCCACCGGUUAGAGACGAGGAGAGUGAAACGCAGAGGAAAGCUCACGCAAAAAGAGUUCGAGAAACGCGACGAUCGACUCAGGGUGUCACGCUGGAUGAGAUAAAAAGUGCGGAACAGUUGGUUAAAAAGAAGCAACAGAACAACGAUCCACAACCAUCGAUUACAGCAUCGACGACGAUUACAACGUCGACACCAAUAACGCAACAGCUCGCAGCUUCUCUCGGUCAAACAGCCUCGAUCACAGCUACGAUAACAACAGCUACUCCCACGACUGUGACGGCGAAUAAACCCCCCGAGGAAACUAACUUGCCUGAAAGACGGCCCUCUUGGCGGCUCAGGGUAGAAAACGGAAGCAAGUUUCAGCUGGAGGACGCUAAUAACAGGUCUGCGGACACUACCACCGCGUAUAUAAGGCGACCUUCCGGUGGUACCGGAAUACCAAGACCCAGCUCUGCACCUGUCGAAACAAUAGCCGCAAGUACUGCUGAAACGACCGUUACCUUGCCUCUCAGGCGACCGUUAAAACCACCAGAAGAUAAAGAACAAGACAAAGAAAACGAUAGCAGAAAUGCACAGGCAACCCAAGCGGUAAUACACAGGAGACGACGACCCAAAAGAAGAUCGACCGGAGUCGUACACGUCGACAUGGAUGAAAUUGAUCCAGAGAAACAAGAUGUCACAGCCGGUGGGGAUUGCGACGAAACCAAGGUCAAUCACAACGAGAGUGGAAAUGAACGAUCAGGGAGAUCGAGUCGACUAGGUUCGGUGACCUCAGUAUCGUCGGAUAUUCCCUCGGUGCCGGCGAGAACGAAAUCAAUUACGUCGGAGAACGGUGAACUCGACUACAAAAAACUUUGGGAAGAGUCCCAAGCGGAGAAUGAAAGACUCAAGGAUAAAUUACGAAGAUCCGACGAGCAACUGAAAGAAGCGCGAAGUUCGUUAGAUAAAGUGCAGAUACUUCAAAACAAAUCGUCGCUCUCGGAAGCAGAAAAACGCGAGAGGAGGGCCAUGGAGAGAAAACUCUCCGAAAUGGAGGAAGAACUCAAGCAAUUGCAAAAGCUCAAAGCCGAAAAUGAGCGAUUGAAAGCCGAAAAUCGGGCACUUACCCGCGUCGUAUCCAAACUCACCAAUACUACUAAAUAGGUCAUGGAACAAUUGAAGUGCGAAAAUCAGAGGCUAAAGGACGAGAAUGGAGCCUUGAUCAGAGUCAUCAGCAAGCUGUCCAAAUAAAAACAAAAACCCCACGCUUUCUCUAUUUCGUUUUAUUUUCUCUCGAUAUUUUCUUCUUUUUCAUUUUUCUUUUUUUUUUGUACGAACACCAAGUUGCUUAAUCGGUUUUUCUUCUCUACGUUGUAUUAUUACAAUAUUAUGUCUAAUGUUAACUGUAAAACUUGAUCAUCAGUUUGUUGACCAUAUUUCUAUAUUACAGAUGCAUUGAUUUUUGUGUUAGAUAUUUAAUUUAUUGCUACGGAUUCAGUUACUCUUGUGGCUGUGCCAAACUUCACCGAAUAUAUUAAAGCAAUACGACAGCUUUCUUCACAGUUUGCAAACAAAGCAAAAACAAACAAACGUUGAAAACAUCGCUAAAAACUUGAUUGACUGGAAAUGAGCCUAGAAAGAACAAAGCAAUUUUCUGUUUUUUUAAAAUAUAAAAAAAAUCAAACGACUCGACGGUUGGACAAUAGCGAAUGAAUUGAAAAAAUCUUUUCAGCGGUUCAGCAGAAUAAAAGUAACAUUGCGAAGGCUAUUCCGUUUUUUAUUAUUUCAUUGGCUAUUUUAUUGGAAUUUUUCGAAAUGAUUAUGCGAGACAAAAAAAAUGCAAGUUAACACUCAUUUUUUCUUUUUUUUUUGAGAAACAAUUGUAAUUAUGUAGAUAACACAUUUCAUUUUUUCGUUUUUAUUCUUUUUAUCAUUUAUAAGAAACGCGUAUGGGAAUUCGAAUAAUGCCUUUUAAAAACAAAAACAAAAUUUCUCGUUAAUCGCUGUUGAGAAUGUUUUAAUCGUGCGAAUGAUAAACUCUUAUACUACAUAUUGAUUCUUUUUUCUAAUGAUCAACGCUGUUUGCAAACGCAUUAAUAUUGGCGUCUGAAAUAUUGUGAUCUUUUAUAAUACAAUUUAUAGCUAGAGAAACGUGAGUUGAAAAAAAAUAUAUGUAUAAUGUACAUUUUUAAAAAAUAUAUGCUACAACUAAUGGUCAUUAAAAGAAAUUGAAGAAAUACAAAAAAUUCCAUGAGUGUGAGAUUUAAAGGAAAAAAAUCUCCGCUGCACAGGUGGCCUUUGCGAGAAAGACUGGCAAUUCAUAAAUCUCAUCAUAAAAAACCAUCAACGCCGUAUACCGAAGACUUUCGGCAAUUAAACAGAAUAUUUAAAAAAAAAAUGAUAGAAUUUUAAUGAAAAGAAAAAAUUGUGUACACAAGACAAUAUGCAUUUUUUCCGAGAAAAUUUCAUACGUCUACUCGGCCUUCGAUUCGCUGAAGCACUGCUAACAUAACGAUUUCGGAAAGUUACCGUUUUUUCUUUCCACCAACGUAUUUGCUAUCGAUGUUUGCUACAUUUCUCUUUUUCCUGCGAUGCGUUGAUUUGUGCUUCGAGGUUGAAAAAAUCCAACAAAAGUACAAUAACGACCGUCGAAAACGUCUUUCGGGAACUGAAGGGACACUGAUAUCAUUUCUCUCAUUAAAAAUCCUUCAAGCACAUAGUCAACGUGUCUCGAGUUUACGUUUUUUUUUUCUAAUAUCGUUGUAAACAUUUAUCAUAGAGCAGUAAAACAAACCCAAAAAACGUGAAAAAAUGGUGAAAAAGAAGAAAUAACGAAAUCAACAUGGUUGAUUCGUAACAAAAGUUAGAAUUAAUACGAUUGAACUGGAUAUGAAAAUUGAAAAGGAAAUAAAAUUGAAAAAAAAAACUAAAAAAAAAAAUACGAACGUAGCUAGGUAAUUUCCGUUGUAUUGUAUAAUAGUGAUAUCCAUGUGCUUAUUGUAUUAUAUAGUUUUUAAAAGUGUUCAUGCGAAAAAGUAUCGCAGCAUUAUACGAUAUACGUUACUGUACAGCUGUUAUUUACGAAAAAAUUUAUCGACGAAUUAUAUUGAAGUGUAUCCACACGUAGGUUUUGCGCAGGUCAAUUUUGAAUGAAAAUAGGCGUCACAUAAUUUAUUUACAAGGAUAUUGAAUGAUUAGCGCAAUGAAGUGAAACACUAUGCGAUACCGAAAUUAACAAAAGAAGCGCGAAGGAAAAUAACAAUAAGAAACGAAAAA